AUGUUUUGCCGUCUCUUCGCUCUCCUCCCCUUUGUCUCCAUCGUCAUCGCUGGCCAGUGCAACACCGGCAGCGCGGUAUGCUGCAACAGCGUCCAGGACGUACGUUCGUCCCCGUUUUCCGUGCCUAUCUUGUCGCUCGGUCUCUCCGCCGAAGGUGUGACUGGACAGGUCGGCCUCCACUGCAGCCCCAUCAGCGCGCUCGGCGCCGACGCAGGCACCUGCAACCAGACGCCCGUAUGCUGCACGGGCAACAGCUACAACAGUCUGAUCAACGAUGGCUGUUCUCCCAUUGGAGCCAAUGCGUGA